GCUUUUUGAACCCGUCAUGUCAGAGACAUGAGUGAUUCAGGAAGGUAAAGUUUACCCUGUAUUUGUAUUAAAAUCAAUAUCUAAUAUGGCCAAGUAUGAUCAUAAAUAUUACUAAAGAAGAAAGCAAGAAGGAGCAGCUAAUGUAAAAUACAUAGCUUUUAAAUUAGCUGAGUUUGACUCGAUAGAAUCCACCACUUCCGGGAACAUCCUGGAAGCGGAACUUCACUAAGGACGAUUAUACCCUUUGUUUCUACUCGGACUUCGACUUGGGAACAUGGAUAAAAUCAUGGACGCUACCACCGAGAGAAGCCCAAGCUUCACUCCGUCUGGCGAACGAACUGUAAAAAUGCGACCCCGACAGCAAGUCUCUGAAAACAUCAAGAAGGUAGCCGUGACGAUGAAAGGGGAACAGGCUCAGUUCAUAGAGCUGGACCAGAACCGCCCUCUUGCAGCCAUAAUCAGGGAUGUGUGUGAUGGAUGGAUGCUGACCAAUGCAGAUGACCAUGCUUUACAAGUCACUGAACCAAACAGACCACAAACGUACAUCACAGAAAGAAAUAGACAUGAGAUACAGAAUGGCAAUGUUUUAAGACUAACAUCCUCACCGUCAAAAACAGCUAAGGAAAUAUUAGAGCAGCUGAACUAUGGAACACAGGAGAAGAAACUGGAAGCCUUGAAAGACUUAGCCAACUUUUCUGUUGACGUGACAUUUGCUGUAGAGUUUAUCAACACACAGGGGCUGCGGCUGAUAUUGCAGAUGGUGGAGGGGGGUGGCAUUAGUGGAGAAUCCUUGGCGUUUACGUUGAAGGCAUUUGUGGAGCUCAUGGAUCAUGGGAUUGUCUCCUGGGACAUUCUGGAACCAAAAUUCAUCAAGAAUGUGUCUGGCUGUAUAUCUAAGAGUGGUUGUGACCCCACAACACUGCAGUCUGCACUGGAGAUAUUGGAGUCCACCGUGUUACACAGUUCUUCCAAAGCAGGUUUUGUGGAGCAGGAGGUUACACCAGUCAAUCUCAUUGUACAUUUACAAAGUUCAAAUCCAGAUAUACAAAAGAGUGCCAUAGCACUGAUCAAUGCACUGUUCUUGAAGGCAGAGUCUCAGAAGAGGAGGGCCAUAGCAGAGAGUCUCCAGAGCAAAUCAAUCAGGAAUGUGAUUCUCAGUCAUGUCAUCCGUGGUCCUAACACAGUGGGCACAGAGAUGGCACACCAGUUAUACAUGUUACAGAGCCUGAUGUUUAACUUGUUAGAGGAGAGAAUGAAUGCCAAAGUGGAUAAACAAGACCAGGUGUCCAUGGCUCUAAUUGUUGAACUGAAGAAGCUUGCAUUUGACACAGAGAACGAGAACAACACAACUUCCUACAGAAAACAGUCCAACUUUGGCACCUACUACAAAAAGUUAGGGUUUCAGCAUCAUUCCAAUCCAGUUGAAGACUUCACAGAGGUGCCCCCUGGUGCCCUGGCCCUGGAUAACAUGGCCUACUUUGCCAGGAGUCACAUUGAUAGUUAUACCAAGGUUGUGUUAGAGAACUCCUGUAGGGCAGAUGAACAUGACUGUCCAUUUGCCAGGGCAAGCAUAGAACUGACCAAAAUGUUGUGUGAUAUCCUCAACAUUGGAGAUACACCUUCAGAAGAAGGCCAAGUGUACCAUCCUAUGUUCUUUACCCAUGAUCGUCCAUUUGAGGAGUUCUACGUGAUCUGCAUCCAACUACUUAAUAAAACAUGGAAGGAGAUGAGAGCAACUGCCGAGGACUUUGCUAAAGUACUGGGUGUAGUUAAAGAACAAAUCACACGAGCAUUGGACCAGAAUCCGGCCACAUUUGAUGCAUUUAGGAGCCACCUGGGCAAGCUGACAUACUCUGAGAUCACCCACCUGUGGCAAGAAGAGAGAAAGAUGAAGGAGGAGAGAGAAUCCUUCGCCAAGCCCAUACAAGAGCUACGAGAACAAAUCAAACCAGAGAUGAUGGAGUUGAUAAAGCAGCAACGUCUCAAUGCACUGAUGGAAGGGAUGCAGUUUACAAAGUAUUCUAAUAAAGGACAGAGAUUAAAAGACAAGUUCUGGUAUUGCCGCCUAUCCCCCAACCAAAAGUUGUUCUACUAUGGAGACUGUAAUGAGAGUGGUCCCACCCCAGCAUUGGAGACUCUGCCACACAAAUUGGCUGUUGUAGAUAUCAAAGCUCUAGUAACAGGGAGAGAGUGUCCACAUGUAAAGGAAAAAGCUCUGGGGAAGAAGUCCACACCUCUCCAUGCUUUUUCCAUCAUGUCAGACACUGCAGAUCAGGCCCUGAACUUUGUGGCCUCCAAUGAACAGGAGUAUAACACUUGGACAGACGGAGUGAAUGCUCUCCUGGGGAACCCUAUGGUCAGUGAGAUGACCACCCAAGAACUGGACAUGUUGCUUAGCAUGGAGAUCAAAAUCAGGCUGUUGGACACGGAAGGAGUAACAAUACCUGAGAGCCCCCCUCCCAUUCCUCCACCUCCCCCCAACUUUGACUUCAAGUACAAAAUAUAACAGUACAUUAAUUGAUGUUUGUUAAGAUCUAUGAAGAGUUUUACAAUAUGGCAUUAAAAAGGAAUACUGUCCAGAUUAAUGCCUGUCACAGAUAAGCUUAUGGUGAAUGACAUUUGAAAUGUGUUGUAUGGAUUUUUUACUCCAAUAUGUAUAUUUGAGCCUGUAAGAUGUUUGCUUUUUUUCAUCAUAUUCAACAAGUCACAGUCAGCUUUUAUUUGCAAGAUGCUGGUAUUUGAAAUCCUGAUAGCAACUGGAUUCUAAAAUUUUAUAU